AUGCAUUCUCCCUACUCUUUCGAGAAGAAGGUGGAGGAGAUGAAGCCGAGCAAGAGCGACAUCAACUGGGUCAUCAUGGACUACCUGGUCUCCGAGGGCUACCCAGGCGCAGCUGAGAAGUUCGCGCAAGAGUCGAAUCUGUGCCAGCCCACCGAUGUCGAGGGCAUUAGAGAGAGAGUGAGGGUGCGGAAUGCCAUACACUCAGGCCGGAUUGAAGAGGCUAUUGGCAUGGUGAAUGAGAUUGACCCUGAGAUCCUCGACCUUAACCCCCAACUGCACUUCCAACUCCUACAGUUGCAACUCAUCGAAAUCAUCCGCACCGUCCUCGACAAGCAGUCCGCCCAGAAGACUGUAGCUGCUCGGGACUUUCUGCCCGCCAUCACAUUCGCCACCGAACAGUUGUCUCCUCGCGCACCGACAGAUCCUCGGUACCUCACGGCGCUAGAGGAGACCAUGGCACUGAUGGUCUACACACCGGAGAAGAUGCCUGCAGAGUUCAAAAAGCUGCUCGAUGUGAAGUUGAGGGAGAAGGUGGCGUCGGACAUCAACAAGGCCAUCCUGGAGUCGAGGGGUGAAAGGACUGAAGCCAAAAUCAGGUCACUCGUGCGUGCGAGGGCGUGGGCGGAGACACAGGCGAUGGAAGCCAAGAUUACGGUACUGCCAUCUCCCAUCAGGCUAGAUGCAGCCAACAACCAUGCCAAUGGCGAUGACGAUUCCAUGUCUUCUUGA